CUCCUUUCAGGGCGGAUGGUUCCGAGGACCGGGGCCGGGCGCGGCGUGGGGAGAGUGCUUCCCGGGCUCCCAUCCCCCUCCACCUCCCCAGGGGCGGGGAGCCCUGUGGGCAGCUCCCUCCCGCCCCGCUCUGGCUUUGUGUCGGCCGCCGGCGUCUGGGCUGGGGGAGGGGAGCCGGGGAAGCUCUUGCGGGGGCCCCAGUCUUUCUCCCACCCGUUCAGGGGACGAGUCGCGGACCCGCAGACCCCUCCCUCCCAGACAUCCUCCUUUCUCCACCAGGCUACCCGCACGCUAGGCGUUGGGGUGGGAGAAAAAGUAAACGAUUUUGAGAAGAGGGGGAAAAAGGAAGUUUGUCCUGUCCUGGAUCAGUUUCUUUGUCAUGUAGCCAAGACUGGAGAAACAAUGAUUCAGUGGUCCCAAUUUAAAGGCUAUUUUAUUUUCAAACUGGAGAAAGUGAUGGAUGAUUUCAGAACUUCAGCUCCUGAGCCAAGAGGUCCUCCCAACCCUAAUGUCGAAUAUAUUCCCUUUGAUGAAAUGAAGGAAAGAAUACUGAAAAUUGUCACUGGAUUUAAUGGUAUCCCUUUUACUAUUCAGCGACUAUGUGAAUUGUUAACAGAUCCAAGGAGAAACUAUACAGGAACCGAUAAAUUUCUCAGAGGAGUAGAAAAGAAUGUGAUGGUUGUUAGCUGUGUUUAUCCUUCUUCAGAGAAAAACAAUUCCAAUAGUUUAAAUCGAAUGAAUGGUGUUAUGUUUCCUGGAAAUUCACCAAGCUAUACUGAGAGGUCUAAUAUAAAUGGGCCUGGGACACCCAGGCCACUUAAUCGACCAAAGGUUUCUUUGUCAGCCCCCAUGACAACAAAUGGGUUGCCUGAGAGCACAGACAGCAAAGAGGCAAAUUUGCAGCAAAAUGAGGAGAAAAAUCACAGUGACUCUUCGACAUCUGAAUCAGAAGUUUCCUCAGUGAGCCCUUUGAAAAAUAAACAUCCAGAUGAAGAUGCUGUGGAAGCUGAGGGGCAUGAGGUAAAAAGACUCAGGUUUGACAAAGAAGGUGAAGUCAGAGAAACAGCCAGUCAAACGACUUCCAGCGAAAUUUCUUCAGUUAUGGUAGGAGAAACAGAAGCAUCAUCUUCAUCUCAGGAUAAAGACAAAGAUAGCCAUUGUACCCGGCAGCACUGUACAGAAGAGGAUGAAGAAGAGGAUGAAGAGGAAGAAGAAGAGUCUUUUAUGACAUCAAGAGAAAUGAUCCCAGAAAGAAAAAAUCAAGAAAAAGAAUCUGAUGAUGCCUUAACUGUGAAUGAAGAGACUUCUGAGGAAAAUAAUCAAAUGGAGGAAUCUGAUGUGUCUCAAGCUGAGAAAGAUUUGCUACAUUCUGAAGGUAGUGAAAACGAAGGCCCUGUAAGUAGUAGUUCUUCUGACUGCCGUGAAACAGAAGAAUUAGUAGGAUCCAAUUCCAGUAAAACUGGAGAGAUUCUUUCAGAAUCAUCCAUGGAAAAUGAUGACGAAGCCGCAGAAGUCACCGAUGAACCAAUGGAACAAGACUAACUAUUUAGAAACAUUUAGAUGCAGUAUUUUACAUACAGUUCUGGUUUUAACACUGUAUAAAACUUUUAUGUAAUAAAAUGGACCUUUAGUUUUACAAGAGAAGCAGGUUGUAAAAUAAAGUACUUUAUGGAUAAUUCCUGAAAGAGUUGUACACGUAAGAACUGUGAAUAUCAGCUCCUCUGGGUCCUGCUUACCUUACCGCUGACUUUUCUUUCUUUCUUUUUUUGGUCUGGGCAAAUCAGUGGUUUGUGGAUAGAUUUUUUUUUUUUUUUUAAUUUAGGAUUGAAGUUUUUAAACUGGAAGGUAAUUAUAAUUUUGAAAAGUUUUUUGAGAUUAUCACAUUUAGUUUAUACAUAUGCAAGAAGCUUUUUGUCUUGUCUCUUUCUGAUAGCUCUAGCAGUUUUCAUAUUUUGGUCAUAGUUUCAACAUUUUAACAUGUGAAUUAUAGGGUUUCAUGCUGGUUUCCAGAUUUUAUUGUUUGGCUACGUACAAUGGAACUUUAAGUCAUAUAUACAUACACACACACACACACACACACAUAUAUAUAUAUAUAUAUAUUAUUCUAAGGGGGGAAAUGUUAUAUUUUUCUGUUUCUAUAAGAGAUGAAUACAGUGGAUACUUUUUCUAUUGGUAAUGAUUGAGUUCACCUCUUUCAGAAGACAUUUUCUUUCUCUUCUGAGUAAUUGAAAUAAAAUCUGGCCCUUGUGAAACCCUGGAAAUCUUAAGUCUGUUGAAAUACCAGGUUAAACACAUUCCAAGAGAUCUGUUCAAACUCAAAUUCUUUUGUAUACUUCUGAGGUGCCUGAGAAAAAGACUUCAUUAUUUAUGAGAAAAUAUGCUUUAUCUUGGAAAUUGUGUUCAAAUGUUAGCUUACUAUUUUGUAGAAUGAAUGUUUAUGAAGCCGAUAUGAGACCAUCUCAGAAGAACCAAGCAGGUUCCUUGACCUUUUGCUUGCUUUUCUGAACAUUGUGAAUAUUACACAUGUCUUUCUAAAUUAUUCUAGGGUAUGCAAAUGUCAAUGGUAUGAAACACCACUGUACUGGAAGAAUUAAUAUAUUACUUUAGUAUGUACCUGAGCUAAAUGACUGAAGCUUUAGGGGUGCAUAGAAACCACCAUAAUUUGUAUGACAUUUUUGAAGUGAAUUAAAUAUUUUUGAACAUGCUUCUUCGACAGCCAGUGUUAUAUUUUUCAGAUCAACACAAAGCACAAUGAUUACUCGAAAUUCAAUAUUUUCAAAUUUACAUAUUUAAAGUCAUGCAAGCUGCAACUUCCCUGUCAAAAUUACUGGCUGCCAAAUUUAUACCUGUUUCUUCAGCUGUACCUUUUGAUAUUUAAAGUUUUUAAAUUUCUGUAAAGUAGAUUUUGUAGAAUGUAAUGUGUUCACUGCCUUUGUGAAGCGGUAUAUAAUUGUAUAAUUUCUGUGUGUAAACUGAAUGCUUGGGCUUUCAAUACAGUAUUCAUAUAAAGCAAUAAAUAUUAAUGUUAUGAAA